GAGUCCUGUUGUCCUUCCUCUGACUCCUCCUCCUGCUUCAUCAGGACGUUCCUGCAGGCCGGAAAGCAUGUUUCUGUUGAGUAUCCCAUGACCAUGUCACACAAGGCUGCUGUGGAGCUCUGGGAUCUGGCCCAGAAAAAAGGAGUGGUUCUUCAUGAAGAACACAUCGAGCUGCUGACAGAAGACUUCAAAGAACUGAAGAGAGCAGUGGAAGGGAAAGUCCUGCAGGAAGGCACGCUCCAUUUCACCGGUGAGCUGCACAUCCCCACAUUACCAUACCACCACCCACUGAUGGAGAUGACUGGACUGGCCCUCAGUGCCUAUUUGCCAACACUGAGCAGAAAGUUAGCUGUAUAUUUUUAUGGAGAGUAAAAUAUUGAAAGUUAG